AUGAACAAUAGUGAGAUGGAGCCUUGUCCAUUCUGUUCCAAGAAAGUUCUUAAUGAAGAAGAAUUUUUCGUCCACGUCGUAAGUUGUAGCGGUGAGUCCAGUACACCAACGGCGGUUAGUAAAUCGGCCUCUCGCCAAGUACCCAUCGCAUCAAUGUCCCAAAACAGCGCAAUACAUCUACCGGCUCCCGAGGCUUCACUGCCUUGGCCAUCUUCUGGCUCCGCUCCAGCACCGCCAAAGCGAUUGGAACCGGUGAAGGCCGCUGCCGUAGCAGCUCUCAACCGUAAUCCGCCUCAGGUCCCUCGAGCCACUGAAGUGGGUAGCUGUGAAAGUGGGGACUGGAAGUGUGUGCUCUGCAAACUUAGCUUUCGUGACAAGAGCUUGUUGAUGGCUCACAUUAGGAGUUCGGAGCACACAGAAAAGAUUCGGCUCACCGGCUGUUCAAUUGAGUCACCGAAGACUCCAACGGUGCCACCACCUACCCAGAGUGCAAAAGUCAAUCCAAUGCCUAACACUUCAGAACCAGGUGUGAUGGGAAGUGGUUUGGCUGAAAUGGUGCGAGUCAUUGUAAAGGAAGAACUUGGUAAGAUUGUUCGUGCGGAGUUGCGCAAG